GCACCAUAGCCGCUAAGCGGUAUGCCCAUGGUCCCGGUCUGUCCCGCUGGCCGUGUUUACGGACGGCAUCGAUCAUCCAGGGGACGGCCACUCGGAAGAUGCCCUCACCGGGUCGUAGGGGAUGCUGGACCGAGUGGUGCCAGGUCAUCCUUUUCGGCGCAUCGGUCCUCGUUAUUCUGGCUGAGAGAACCGCGAUUGCCUACUGUCUGGUGUACUACCUGUGGUUUGGGCACACGCUCUGGGCAGCCCUGACCCUGGCCUUGGCCUUGCCAGGGUCCAUCGUGCAGGUGCUCAGCUUCCUGUGGUACUAUGCGGACGGCGAACGCCGCAGGUGUCUCCUGGCCCUCGUCCACCUGUUGCACUUGGGCAUCUACAAAAGAUUUGGGGACUGCAUGUCAUCAGUAUGGCAUAUGCAGAGGUCAACAGGCAAGCUGGGGGCUGCAGUGAUGCAACAGGCUGACGUUUCCGCACUCCGCCUGCUGGAGGCGCUGUUGUUCACCCUCCCGCAGACCCUUCUGCAUACGUACAUUCUUGUCACCUCUGACGUUGGCCUGCUCUCGCCAGUGGCGCUGUGCUGUGGCCUCUGCCUGCUGUCCUUGUCAUGGGCGCUGGUCCUCUACAGCCGGGCAUGCUGCCUGAUCCGGCCGGGGCACCUGGCCAUGCCGCCCGCCGCCCUGCUGUGCCAGCUGCUCUGGAGGGUCUGCAUGCUGGGCAGCAGGAUCGCCAGCCUCGUGGUCUUCGCCCGGAUCUUCCACUGGUGGGCCUUCGGAGUCGCAGGUUUUCAUUGGCUGACAGCCUCCUUCUGGCUCGUCUCGCAACAAGCAGACAUCUGUGCCCGGCCGUGGCAUUGGCGUCUUUUCAACUGUACCCUGGGGGCAGUACAUGUCUUCUUCUUCCUCAACGUGAAGGAUGGGCCCUCCAGGUUUCGCAUGACAGGCUUUUAUUUGGUGAUGUUGCUGGAAAAUGCCACCCUUGUGCUUGCCGCUUCUGACUUCCUGAAUGGUGCAUCAUGGGAAAGCAUGAGCAUCCCCACCGCCGUGAUGUGCAGUUUCCUCCUGGGGAUGGCAUCUGUGAUUUUGUAUUACCGCUUUCUACACCCGAAAUCCACCGAGAUAUGCCAAAGAUUCGGCCAGGGCCAUGUCAGCAGGGCGUGUUUGGAGAGAGAGGAGUCGUCCUAUUCAGUGGGGGACAAGGGCCUGCCCAUCUCCACCAUUCAGGCACACAGCGGUUUUACGUUCACUGGGUCGCUGCCGGAGCGUCCGGCGAGUAGAGGUCCCAUCCCUGGAGGCCGGCAUGGGCACCAUCACUGGCUGCUGAUCCGCCUGGCGCUGAAGACUGGAGACGUGGGCCGGAUCGACCUGGCCUACGGCAGUGGCGGCGUGACCGCCAUGCUGGACACAAGGCAGGGCAUCCCAGACGUCAAGGCAGUGGUGGUGGCUGCAACGCCGGAUUUGGAGCGGAAGUGUGGCAUGGCGCCCCUCUCGGACAUGAAGGAGGACUUCCACAGCGCGAGCGAGGCGGCAUCGACUGACGCGACUCAGGAGGAUGGCGAGAGCCUGGAAAUGGAAAGCCCCCUGGGGUCGCCCGUGUCCGAAUUCAAGAGGAGCUCUCCCGAAGGUAAGUCAGGACUAGGCGGGAGCCCCGAGGUCAACUUCUGCCCAACGGAGUCCAGCUCCACGCUCUACUUUAGCGCUGAGCCCCAGUCUCCCAGCAGCGCCAGCAACACUGGGCUGGACAGGGAGCCGGCUGUGCAGAUCCUAUCAGAACUGAGCCCUAUCUCAGGUGAGGCCGGCCCAUCGCGCAAUACCAGGGGCCUACUGGGUAGGGUUGAGCCCUGCUACACAUCCACGCCGAAACUAAACUCAGCAUCUCAGGAGCCCACGGCCGGCCAUCUUGCAGGUUCCAGGAGGUUGUUCGUGUCGUCCAGGAAAAAAUGAGGACCUGAUGUUUUAAACACGUCGAGAAAAAAAACCAAAAUAUGGAAAGUUAAAGUUGUAUAAGCACAAAUGCUCUGCACGUACAAAACAAUGCCUUUAUCUAGAGAGAAUCAGGGACCUUCUUUGGAUUUACAAGCAAAGUUGUCCUACAGACACUCCUAAAAUGUGGCCAGUGUACAUUUCAACACUCAAAUUGUGGAUGAAAUCUUUUAGUGUCACUUUUUACAAUUUCCUUCCUAUAUUGAAUUUGUCUUUAUUUUCAUUUGCCUUAAUAUAUCAUUUUAUGUAGGAUUUAAUGUACAUUUUAUUGAUUUAAUGGUACAAAUAUUUAAGCAUACAAUAAUAAUAAUAAUGAUAAUAAUAAAUUUUAUUUGUAAUGGCAUUUCUCGUACCCAAUGCGCUACACUGUAAAAUAACCAGUUAAUACAAAGUGAGACUGUUUGUAGAAGUAAAAUAGCCAUAAGAUUAAGGAGGUAAUGAAACAGAAACCAGAGGGAGAAAAUAGAGGCUAGAAGCAAUAGGUAGAAGGAAAAAAGGUAUAUAAGUUAAAAAAAAAAAGAAAUUCUCUUAAUUUUUCUUUUACCUUUCGGUUUUUCAUGUUUUUGAAACGCUUUGUAAUCCUGUAUAGCAUCCAGACUCUUGAAGGGGCAGAAUCUGCUGUGAUUGUUUUUCUGACACUGAUAUUAUUGUGAAGGUCAUUUUGUGCUGUUUACGGGAUGCCCUGCGGCGAGGUGGAUAGCACUGCUGCGCCCAGGGUUCGAAUCCCACCCUUGUCCUUUCUGUGAGGAGUCUGCAUGCUCUUUCCCCUCCCAUGUGGGUUUCUCCUCACGGCCCAAAUACAUGCAGGAAUCACUAAAUCACUAAAGUUUCUAAAUUGCCUCUAGCAUAUGCAUGCAUGUGCCCUGCGAUGGACUGCCAUCCCAUCCAGGGUGGACUACAGCCUUGUGCCCUAUGUUGCCUAGGAUAGACUCCAAGAUGCCCUGUUACCCAGCUCAGGAUAAUCAGUUAGAAGAUGGAUUAUCUGUGUUUUUUUAAAUGUUCUUUCCUUUUCUCCUUUAAGGGAUGAAAGCUAAUGUAUCCGUGUUAGAAUGACUGGAGCUUACUUCUACAGUACGGUAAUAAUAUACCAGUAUUAACCAUUACUGUUUUACAGAGCUCAGAUAUUUGCAUGGAUUUUAAAUUUUCAUUUCACAAUAGUUAAUUAGGCAAUAAAGAGUGGGGAGAAGGUUUCAUUCUGCAGUGAGGUAGGUCAGGGGUGUCCAGCCCGAUGUCCGUGGGAGUGUCACACUGUUCUUACUCCUGUGGGCCCGAGUCGUUGCUGUCAUCACUGUUAUAAACGUUUCAAGCCAUCGGGUCUCAAGUCGCAUUCAGCAGGACAGACUAGCGUGUCCAUCGCUGGUGGGACAGGGGAAGCCUGCAGAAGAUCUGAACUUUUUAAGGAUUUUUAAGAGAUUGUGCUUUUUUUAAGAAUCUGAAAGACUCUUUAUAUUAAUUUUAUAUUAAUGAACGAUUCUCUUAUUGACAAUUAAGGCCAUGAGUGAAAAGGUACAGACUCUUUGGUGUGAAAUAGAGGCGCAAACUGACCACUUGGUCUAAAUAUGGUUACAUUUUUCCACCAUCAUGGCAUUAUUGCUGCAGUAUUUUAAGGGAAGGUAUGAAUUAUGCGGCAAAAAAUUCAUAUGCAUUUAUUAUUUUUAUUGAUGGAUAUAGUCUCAAAUCCAUGUUAGCUGGAUAAAAUAUUCUGAGAAUAAUUUAUAUAUAAAGUUAUAAUUAAUUUCUUCCCUAGCUCUUAUGUUUUAAUUUUGUAUCUAUUUGAGUUUCUGUGACAUAGUCUGAUGCGUAUAUUUAUAUCCUACUUGAUAGGCCUACUUUCAGUAUGAAUACAUACAUUUGUUGUAUUCAUUUCAGUUUUUCUGUAUAAUUUUGAACGGACUAGUUUUCUUGAUGUGUUUGUGAUUUUCAGUCUACAGUUAUCUUUAUAUCCAUUAAAUAUCAGCAAUAAUGUUUAAUUUUAAGGUAUCUGCCACAUAUUGGAAUCAUCGUUGCUUUGUAUUUUUAUAUGAUUUGUAUGAUGUUUUAAUCAUUCGUGCAGAUUUUCCUUUCUGAAUUGUUUCUUGUGACUAAUGUGACCUGUACUCUUCAAAGGUGGUUAUAAACUGUGGUUUUAUUUCAUAGGAAAAGCGGCUGGACGUUGCUAAUCAUCAGUCCAUGAUAUACUGGUAAAGAUGCUGGUAAAGAUCAUUUACCGGAAGCUGAAUAAGCCUUAUGCAAUAACAGAUUGCAGGUGCUAUAAUUAAAGUGAGCUGGCUGACAUCACUCAGUUACUGUGACUUUUCUUAAAAAUAAAUUGUAUCCUCUAAAA